AUGGAAGCCACCCGGGGGACAGCAGCGCUGCCAAAAAAAGAUGCCGCAGAACGCACAUUGAAACGGCGGCGUGAUGGAGAGUACACUGACUCAUAUCCCCUCCUGCCGCGAGAAGCAAAAGCACUUUCUUUGGAGCUUCGCCAUCUCUGCCCAGCCCUCUGCAGUGGGUUUUUCGCUCAUUCCAAAUAUGGUCGCCUCCAGCACCCCCGGUGCAGGUUUGCAGUUGACAAACCGCCAGUGAUUGUCACCGUUGUGUCAAGCGUGCACCCUGCACGCAGCAAUGAAGAUGGAGAGCUGCUUCUUUCGCCAUUGGACACGUUUAGAAAUUGUAUCUCGAGCACUACGUGGGACCCCAGAGAUGAAUACCUCAUUGCCUCCAAACGCUCCGGGUUUCAGCUUUUUAGUACGUCGUCCUGGCUCACAUUUGGCAAUGGGCUCUCCGAAACAUCGAAGCCAGUAUUAGAGCUCAAAUCGGCCAUUGUGCAAGCACGAUUAGGGGGAGAAAAUAGAAUCAGUUUUGGUCUCUUAGUCACGCAGUUUCUUGGAAGUACGUUACACACCAUUUGUGGCUACAGUGGUACCCCACAGCUCGAUAUUUUUGACCUAGAGGACUUGGACGAAGCAACGGGGUUGCCGCUCCGUACGUACAACCUUCGCUCUUUAAGAUUUGACAGUUGCUCUCGGCCCGUGGGUGAUAUCUCGGCAACCACCGCCGUGGUGACGGUAUCGGACACUGUUGCGGUUGCUGCUCUGUCUAACGGCUGCUCUGCACUCAUUGAUGUGCGGACUGCAAGCCCGGUACUUUGCACUGAGACACCUCCUCCGCCUGCUAUUUUGAGUGUGUGCAACCCAGGCACACGACGAGUUGCGCAAGGAACAGCAAUCACUGCAGUUGAAGUCGCUGAUCGUAGUAAUUGUGUCCAGUUGCUGACCGGAACCAAAGAUGGAAUGAUUGUCCUUUGGGACUUGCGAAAGCGCAACGAGCCUGUUGCAGUAAGUUCCCUUGGUGGAGAGAUUCAAGCACUACAUGCAACGGAUCCAUCAUCGUCGUGUAGGUGCGGUGUGCCGACGGUGUGGCUCAACACCGAUUCGGGUGACAUUGUUCGUUUGUCAAUUGGUGCGUCUUCUUUUGAAGAAGUGACGCGGGUGAGUACCAGUGAUUCGCAACGCACUCAACUGUCAGCAACCCUGUCGCCGCCAAAAAUCUCUGUUAUGCCGCUGUUCAACCUUCUCAUUUACCCUCACAUUUCAUCAAAUAGGCUUUUAUUUUACGAUAUUGGUUGUGGUAUUCAUGCUACUGAAGACCAUUCUGCUGUUGGUUUCGCGAAAUGCGGCACAAGCACGCAGAAGAAUGUCCAAUCAGCGUUAGUGAAUGACUUUAUGGGAACCAGAUCGCAUUUUUCCGAGUAUGAAAGCGAUGACGACUGCGCGCUGCUUCCCUCUGAUUUGCAAAAGAGCACUGCACCCGUGUCUCUUCUCCUCUCUUGCCCAUUUUCUGAUUGGUCAUAUCAAAUAUGCAGUGUUUCUGCGUCCAACAAGCAUAGCACUGUUUGCAUCGGGGGUGAUGACGGCGAUUUGCAUGUGCUCUGUGACUCUAUCUUAUAA